AACAGUGGUAGCAGCCUCUUUAGAAGCAGUGCAAGCGGCAUCCAUGGCUCUCUGCACAGAGCAGGAGCGGGUGGCAGCCGAGCCCGGGGUAGGAAAACCCCCCAACGCGGAAGGGUGGGUCCAGGGAGUUUGGAAAAGAAAGGGCAAAUAUUCCACACGUUUGCCUAUUUGAACUAACCUACUACGCUUGGACUCUGCCCCGGAGAGGCUCACCUAGCCAGUCCAGGGGUCAGCCAUGAACCCUUCCCCGCGACCCCCGCCCUUCACCUUCUCCCUGAAAACCGCAGGUCGCAGCGCGGGAGGGGCUCGGAGCCACCUGCUGGCCCACCCGCUCUACUUCCUCCGCGCGAGGUCCACGAGAGAGAGCUUCCCGGGGCCGCCCUCCGCAGGCUGCUCAGCUGUCUGGGGCAACUUUGUUAGUAUGAGCUUUUUGCUCAACAGGUCUAUCCAGGAAAACAGCGAACUGAGAAUUGAAAGCAGGAUCGAAGAGAUUGUUGAGCCACUGAGAGAGAAAAUCCGAGAUCUGGAAAAAAGUUUCACCCAGAAAUACCCGCCAGUGAAGUUCUUAUCCGAAAAGGAUCGCAAAAGAAUUUUGGUCACUGGUGGUGCAGGCUUCGUGGGCUCCCACCUCACGGACAAGCUCAUGAUGGACGGCCACGAGGUGACAGUGGUCGACAACUUCUUCACAGGCAGGAAGCGGAAUGUGGAGCACUGGAUCGGCCACGAGAACUUCGAGCUCAUCAACCAUGAUGUGGUGGAGCCGCUCUACAUCGAAGUUGACCAGAUCUACCACCUGGCCUCUCCAGCCUCCCCUCCCAACUACAUGUACAACCCCAUCAAGACACUGAAGACGAACACCAUCGGGACGCUGAACAUGCUGGGGCUGGCAAAGCGUGUGGGUGCCCGUCUGCUCCUGGCCUCCACGUCCGAGGUGUACGGAGAUCCCGAGGUCCACCCGCAGAGCGAGGACUACUGGGGUCACGUGAACCCUAUCGGCCCGCGGGCCUGCUACGAUGAGGGCAAGCGGGUGGCAGAGACCAUGUGCUACGCCUACAUGAAGCAGGAGGGCGUGGAGGUGCGAGUCGCCAGGAUCUUCAACACCUUCGGGCCGCGCAUGCACAUGAACGACGGGCGCGUGGUCAGCAACUUCAUCCUGCAGGCGCUGCAGGGCGAGCCGCUCACGGUAUAUGGAUCUGGGUCACAGACAAGGGCGUUCCAGUACGUCAGUGACCUGGUGAACGGGCUGGUGGCACUCAUGAACAGCAACGUCAGCAGCCCCGUCAACCUGGGGAACCCCGAAGAACACACCAUCCUGCAGUUUGCCCAGUUGAUCAAGACCCUCGUUGGUAGCGGGAGCGAAAUUCAGUUUCUGUCCGAAGCGCAGGAUGACCCACAGAAGAGGAAGCCGGACAUCAAGAAGGCAAAGCUGAUGCUGGGCUGGGAGCCCGUGGUCCCGCUGGAGGAAGGUCUGAACAAAGCCAUCCACUACUUCCGCAAGGAACUCGAAUACCAGGCCAACAACCAGUACAUCCCCAAGCCCAAGCCCGCCAGGAUCAAGAAGGGCCGCACGCGGCGGGCCUGACGCCCGCACCCUCGCUGACCUGGGCUUGUCUUGUUUCUUGUUGAAAGACCUCAAACAGGUGUCAUGAAAAACAAACUGGAAUUCGGUUCCGAAGCUUGCUUUAAAGACACGGACGUGCCUAAAAACUCCCAGAAACUGCGGACUCUGCCUUGCACUUUCUGAAUCUUUUUAUGUGCAGCAGCCUAGGUGCAUCUCUGCGUAUUCUCAAGUUUUUUACCUUGCUGUGAGAGCCUGUGUCAUGACUGUCAUUGACAGUUUUAUUUUCUGGUUUCUUUGUGAAGCUGAAAAGGAACAUUCAAUGGGAUGAAAAUGCCGAGUUUAUUUAUAAAAGUGGGUACUUACCAAUGGGAUGCUAUUCUCUGCAGCAGGAAGAAAAACCAGCGGUGUUGUCAGGGGGCAGCGCAGCGGCUUUCAUUGUCAGAAAGACGAAGAACUGCGUUGAGAGCUUUAUGUUUCUUUUUUAAUUCGGAAUUUUUCCAAGACCUACCUUUUAGUUGCAGACUUGACUUAGAAACAUUUCUGUGGGUCACCACAAUCAAGGAGAUCUGAAAUCACUACUGCGUUGUGCUGCGUGUUUCGGGGCGGGAGGGACAGAGUUUUAAAUAUUCUUGGUUAACCGUGGAUAAAUAUGCUAUUUUAAUAAAAUACUGAGAUUUGCCAGUC